AUGAGAGAGCCAUCAAGAAUCCGUAACAAAAUCAAGAGAGGCGAGGUAUUUCAUAAACUCAAGUCAGAAAAGAGUCGUAACAAGCUCAAAACUCGUCUAAAACAGAAAAAGGAAGAAGCAUCCAAUCCACAGCUGAAAAAGGAGCGACUAGAGCAAAAUGUUCCUCAAACACUGGAAACGUUGCGAGAAGAGGACGAAACUUUGGUUGAGCAGGACGAAGAAGUAUAUGCAGAUGAAUUUUCUUCAUAUUUCAAGGAUGGACUGCCACCAAAAAUUCUUGUAACAACCAAUAGACGUCCAUCAGCUAGUGUAUACGAGUUUGCAGAGCAGUUUGUAUCUAUUUUUCCUGACGCCGAGUUUGUGAAGCGUGGAUCUCAAUUCGAAAUCAAGAAAAUUGUCGAGAUUGCUAUUGAACGAUCGUAUACAGACCUGGUAGUUAUCAACGAAGACAGGAAGAAGCCAAAUGCCAUUACACUAAUCCAUCUUCCGGAUGGUCCAACAGCGCACUUUAAACUUACAAGUGUAAAAUUGCCCAAAUUCAUCAGAGGACAUGGAAAGGCAGACGAUUAUAAGCCCGAACUUAUUUUAAACAACUUUAACACCCGCUUAGGUCAUACCAUUGGCAGGAUGUUUGCGUCCAUGUUUCCACAUGUACCCGAGUUUGUCGGUCGUCAAGUAGCUACACUCCAUAAUCAACGCGAUUUCAUUUUUUUCCGUCGCCAUCGAUACAUUUUCCGUAAUGGUGAGCGAUGCGAUAUCCAAGAGCUUGGACCACGGUUUACAUUAAAGCUAAUGUCGUUGCAAAAGGGAACGUUUGAUACCAAGUUUGGAGAGUAUGAGUGGCUGCACAAGCCAGAACUUGACACUAGUCGACGCAAGUUCCACCUUUAA